AUACUUCAGCGCUACAUCAACCUGGCUGCCAUUGUCAAUUUCGGCUUCACUCUGCAAGCUGGAUGGGAGACUGUCGGUCUCACUUUACAAUACGUCUUGUACAAUGGCGGCCCAGCGUCACUCGUCUACGGAGCCAUCCUCGCAGGUGUUGGGUCCACUGCAAUUGCUACCUCUCUAGGAGAGAUGGCGUCAAUAGAUCCGACAGUUGGCGCUCAAUAUAGAUGGUCGGCUCGUUUUGCGCAGAAAUGGCCAGAGUUCUGGGGUUUGAUGCAAGGUAUGUCUCGCCAACCAUUCCUGACCGCAAUCCUAGGUUGGGUAACUGUGUUUGCCUGGAUAUUCAAUGUCGGGGCUAGCUUGUCUAUCCUGUCGAACAUGGUACAAGGCCUUAUCCUCUUCCACGACCCGAGCUACAACCCCAAGCAAUGGCAUGGGACAUUGUUCAUGUAUGCAUUUAUCGUUAUCCCAGUCCUUUUCAACCUCGUCCUGCGAAGAACGCUCAACGCCCUCGAGAUUAUCGGGGGUAUCUGUCACGUUCUGUUCUUUAUUGUUGUGAUCACUGUCCUGUCUGUUACGGCUGAGCGUAGCUCCGCCGGGUUCGUCUUUAAAACUCUUACUCAUAAUGUGAGUGGCUGGACCAAUCCCGGUGUUGCUUGGUGCCUGGGGCUUCUGACGACGGUGUUCCCCAUCACCAGCUUCGAUGGUGUUCUUCACAUGAUUGACGAGACCAAGGAACCGCGGAAGCGAGUUCCAAAGUCCAUGAUAAUCUCCGUCGUUCUGAAUGCCAUUAUGCAGUUCGCCUUUGGCAUCUGCAUAUUGUUCUGUUUCGGUGAUUAUGAUACAGUGGCUGCAUCAGGGCUACCUCUAGUUGAGAUUUACUACGGAGCGACCAAGUCUAAGGCCGGCGCAACCAUCUUAGUUCUUAUGCAUGCCAUCAUCUUCCUGAUCUCACUCUUCAACAUAUUCGCCUCGGUGUCGCGCUUAGUAUGGGCUUUCGCUCGGGAUAAAGGACUUCCUUUCUCAAAAACUUUCACCUACGUUCACCCCACGCUCCAGAUUCCGAUCCCAGCCUUACUCCUCGUUGCCUUCACAUGCGCUGCACUCGCCCUCAUCAAUAUUGGAUCGACGGUCGCCUUCACCGCACUCGUCUCUCUUCCUACCGUAGCGCUCUACAUAUCAUACUUUAUCCCAAUCGCUCUCCUUACCCUGCGUAAACUAGCGGGUAAGCACCCGAAAUAUGGACCAUUCAAGCUCGGCCGCUGGGGUCUACCUAUCAAUCUCUUCUCUCUCGUGUACAUCAUCUUCGUCCUCAUCUGGAUUCCGUUCCCGCCUGGCAAACCGGUGACGGCUAAAACUAUGAACUAUGCGGGCCCCUUGUUCCUUGCGGUCAUUGUGUUUGCGCUUUUGGAUUGGUUUACUACGGGCAAGAAGAGGUUUGUUGUACCGACGGGCGCGAUUGAUCUUCCAGAAAACGAUAAGGAAAUCGUAGAAAACAGGCAUUUGUGA